GCCCGCCGACCCGGUGGCCGGCUACAAGCUGGAGACGGCGGCGGCGCACGAGCUGGCUGCCCCGCACCAGGCCUGGCUGCAGCUGCCGACCCUGCCCGACCGGCACCUGGCGCUGUCGCAGCCGGCUUUGCCGCCGCCGCCGCCACCACCUCCUCCGCCACCGCCGCCGCCGCCACCGCCGCCGCCGCCGACCAGCGCGCCGGUGCUCAUAUCUGACAUGCAUGGCCUGCAGGGCUGGAGUGUGGUGGGCGCCGGCGGCUCGGCGGCCGUCUACACGGACCUGGACGCCGGGCCGAGCAGCGCCGGCGCGUGCCAGCCGCUGGAGCCGCCGCCGGCCGAGCACGAGCUGCCGGCCGCCGAGCUGCUCUGCACCGAGGAGUCGCUGCACAGCAGCUGCCCGUCGCCCGGCGAGCCGGCCGUGCUGCGGCCGGCGCCCGAGUACCACGGACAGGACUUCAGCGUGUACAGCGGCGAGGUGGCGACGUACCAAGCGGCCGGCUGCGGGGUGUCGCCGUCGCGCCGGAUCCACCUGACGCUGCCGCCCGAGGCCGGCACCGCCGCCGCCUCGGCCGGCGCCGACCCGGACUACGUCAGCUUCAAAUGCAUCCACUGCUCGCGCGAGUUCGGCACGGCGGAGGAUAUCCACGUCCACCUGUCGUCGGUGAGCGAGGCCAGCCACGUGUGCCAGGCGUGCCACGAGGUGUGCCCCUCCACGUGGCACCUGGCCGACCACAUGGCGCUGCACAGCUCGCCGCGGCCCUACAAGUGCGGCGUGUGCGCCAGAGAGUUCCGCACCUCGGCCCUACACCGUCAGCACAUCCUGCAGCACAUCCCGGCGAGGAUCCGGGACCAGGUGGGCAGCGAGCUGGCGCCGCCGGCCGUCGCCGCCACUCCGCCGGCGGCGCUGGCGCCGAACGUCGAGCAGCGCAAGCCCGUGUCGUGCGCCACGUGCGGCGCCACGUUCGCGCAGCCGCUGUCGCUGCAGCGUCACACGCUGCAGCAGCACCGGCAGCCGCGGCGACCCGUGCGCCGCAUCUGCAGCUGCGACCACUGCGGCCGCAUCUUCUACAGCUACAAGCAGCUCAAGUGGCACGCCGAGAUUCACGGCAAGCGGCCGCACACGUGCUCCACGUGCGGCCUGCGCUUCCUGCACCAGUCGUGGCUGACGCGUCACAUUCGGUCGCAGCACAACCCGCGCUUCGUGGGCCGCAACUCCGGCGAGUCACGCCCCUGCCCCGUCUGCAACAAGGUGUACAUGCGCACCUCGCUGCGCGCGCACGUGCGCAUGAUGCACCAGGAUGCCAAGCCGUACCAGUGCGCGCGCUGCGGUCGCCGGUUCUCGGCCAAGUGUAACCUGCAGUCGCACGUGCUGUCGCACCUCAGCUACCGCGACCGGCCGUUCAAGUGCGACCAGUGUCGGAAGGCCUACACCACCGACCGCGACCUGCGCGUGCACAAGGCCACGCACGAGGGCAAGCGCUACCCGUGUAAGGUGUGCGGCAGGGAGUUCAGCCGUGUCAGUUCGAUGAACGUGCACCUGCGCGAACACGACGGCGAGAAGAAGCACAUGUGCGGCGUGUGCGGUAAGCGGUUCGCGCGCAAGGCCUACCUGAUGGCGCACGUGCGCAUCCAUACGGGCGAGCGGCCGCACGUGUGCACCGUCUGCGACCGCUCCUUCGCCAGCCGCAGCAACUACAACGCGCACGUGAAGAACCACGGGCGCCGCGAGCCGGUGAACGCCGAGCUCUGAGGUGGACGCGCGCUAGGCGAAGUCGGGUGGGGCGGGCGGCUCCCGC